AUGCCUGCUCUGACAUUUUCUGGCAUCAGCAGUGCUCUGUAUGGCCUGCGUCACCCAGUGAUCAACCCCACCAACCGAAAAUGCUCCACAAUCCCUGUUUUCUCGCUGAACAAUCAGUACUCCCGCAAUUUCCAUCUGUCGUGGCUUGGAUUUUUUGUCGCAUUCUUAUCGUGGUUCGCGUUCUCCCCUCUCAUCCCAGAUGUCAUCAAGACUGACUUGAAGCUGACAUCUGCGGAAGUCGGGAAUUCAAAUAUUAUUUCGCUGUGCUCCACCCUCAUUGUACGGGUCAUCUCAGGUCCACUCGUCGAUCGUUAUGGGCCUCGCAAAGUGAUGGCUGGCCUUCUCAUUAUCGGGGCGAUUCCUUCUGGCCUUGCUGGAACCGUAUCAACUGUGAACGGUCUCUACAUUGUCCGUUUCUUCAUCGGAAUUCUCGGCGGCACAUUUGUCUCUUGUCAAGCUUGGAAUACAGUUUUCUUCGACAAGAAUGUCGUUGGUAGAGCAAACGCCUUAGGCGGAGGCUGGGGUAAUGCGGGCGGCGGCUUCACGUUUAUCAUCAUGAUCGCCCUGUUCAAUCAAUUGCUUGCCGACGGUAUGAGCCCGCACGUCGCCUGGCGGGCGGCAUUUGCAAUCGUGCCUGUACCGAUUCUCCUUUCCGUCGCUACAGCCACUCUAAUGUUUGGCACUGACCACCCCGCGGGCAAAUGGAGUGAUCGCCAUAAUGUUGUCGCGGCCGGACCUCAUGUUUCAGACGAUCAAACGAGCAUCACCGAUAGCAAAAAUGCGAAAAGCAAGUUUGGUGAUGAUAUCGAGACUGGAGACGAGAAGAAUGUCCAAGUCACUGUCACUGCUGUUUACAUGGCUUCAGAAUUGGACACUGCUGUCAACAACCCACUUACCCUGAACAUGGCGUCCAAAAUCAUCGUAAACCCGCUGACCUGGCUGCCCUCGUUGGCUUACAUGACUACCUUCGGCUACGAGCUUGCUAUUGAUGCUAAUCUGGCUACUGUUCUGUAUACGCUACUCAAGUCCCCCACUUUUGGGCAGACCAAAGCUGGUUAUGUUGCAGGCAUCUACGGUCUACUUAACGUGUUCUCACGGCCGUUGGGCGGGUAUUUCGGAGACCUCAUAUACACUAGAUUUGGUGUGCCCGGCAAGAAGUACCUGACAAUCGCUUGUGGGGUCACUCAAGGACUUUUAUCGCUUGGCCUUGGCCUUUACAUUGACAAUCAUUCCCAUCCAUCCCUGGCGGUUAUUAUUGGUAUUUUUGUCGUCCUCGCAAUCUUCAACGAGGUCGCCAACGGAGUGAACUUCUCCCUUGUUCCGCAUUGUAACCCCAACUCUAAUGGAUUUAUGAGUGGAAUUGUAGGCGCCAUGGGAAAUCUCGGAGGGAUAAUCUUCGCGAUUAUCUUCCGCUUUGAACCAUCUCCUGCUGGCAAGGCAUUUUGGAUUUCUGGUGUUAUCGCAGUUGGUGUGAACCUCUUACUCUGUGUCAUCCGCGUACCUCAAUUUUGA